UUAGGAUAAGUACAUAAGAGUGCAAAUAUAAUUUGCAAAAGGAGAAAUUCGCCAACUUCACACUCCCAUUACACGACUCAAGCGCCAUCUCCGCCAAGUCCUAUUCCCGUCACGAGCCAACUUCUAAAUUCGGCUGAAUUUUUCUCUUUCCAAUUUCGGCCGACAUCGGGUGUGGUGGCUGAAGUAACUGGACAAUUGUUCAAAAUUUGGAGUAAAAAUGUUGUCAAGACUUGUUCGACCGAGUGCCAGUAUCAUGGGGCAAUUGAGCUCCUUGAAUGGCGUGGCGCAACAAACUCCACAAAUUAACACAGCCCUCCUUGCGAGAUGCGUCUUCACGUCAAAGUCCUUGGAGAUGCCGUACAAGGAAGGGCCUGAGCGUGACCUUGUCAACUUCCCCCGUCCCAAGCGUGCCAUGUAUGCAGGAAAGGUCCGAUUCGGAUUUGUUCCUGACGAAUGGUUCACCGCUUUCUAUAACAAGACGGGAGUCACCGGACCGUACGCUUUCGGAGUAGGAUUACUCACAUACGUGCUCAGCAAGGAAAUUUGGGUCCUCGAGCACGAGUUUUGGGGUGGUGUAUCAUUUUUCAUUAUGAUUAUCUACGGAGUCAAAAAAUUUGGACCGCAAGUGUCUGCUUACCUAGACAAAGAGCAGCAGGCCCAUAUGGACGAAAUGAACUCUGGCAGGGACAACGAGAUCAAGGCCUUGAAGCAGGGGAUCGAGGAAGAAAAGAAAUCACAAGCCGCGGCAGAAGCGUCCAAAGUUUUAUUUGACGUUAAGCGUGAGAACAUCUCCCUUCAACUUGAGGCCGCGUAUAGAGAGCGGAUGAUGAAUGUCUUUAGUGAAGUCAAGAAACGCCUCGAUUACCAAGUGGAGAAGCAAAAUGUCGAGAGGGGAAUUCAACAAAAGCAUAUGGUCAAUUGGAUCAUCGAUAAUGUAAAGAAGGCCGUUUCUGCAGAGUCGGAGCAGGAAAAUCUUAAAAAAUGUAUCGCUGAUUUGAAAGGUCUUGCUGCCAAGUAGUACGCCCGUCUAUUCAAAGUUUCGUGACACCUAUAAUCUAGUAGAAAGAUUAAUUAUUUAAUAAUGUUAAUGUAAAAACACAACGUAAUAAUAAUUCGGAAAACGUAGUUGAUAUCCAAUCUCGAAUAAAUUUGAAAUGAUAGGCAGUA